AAUCAAUAUUCUUUAUACUAAUAAUUUUUACUUUUUAAAUAUAAAGAAUGAGUUCAGAAUAAUUAAAUUUAAAAUUAAACUGGAAGCUAAAUGAACUUUUAGAUUUACUUUUUAAAGAAGAGCUUGAAAAUGAUUGUGUGAGAGUUUCUCAAAGCUAAGAAAUAUACUCAAAUAAAUAAAACUAAUUCACUUCAAGUGGCAGUAAUUUCAUAUAUUCUUAGUAUACAGCAAAUAUCAAAAAUAUCUAUGACUACUUCAUUUUUUGUUACAUAACUGUAUUUUCAGAAGAAGAAAUGUUCAAUAAAAUACUUGAGUAUUUCAAGCAGAAUGGGACUAAAGUUCAUAUCAGAAUAAUUGUGUUUUUAGAACUAUGGAUUACGCACAAUAGUACAGUUAUCAAAUACGAUGAAGGAGUUUAGGGAAGUUUUCUAAAUAUGCUGAUUGAAAUUUGCAAAUCAGAGUGCAUAAAAACAAAAUGGAUUUAAAUAUAGCUAGAGAAUAUUUUAAAAAGGUUUGAAGAGGUUUUAGCAAGCAAUAUUGAUGACGAGGAGAAUUUUUAGUACAAUUUAGUGAUAAAAAAAAUUAAAUCAGACUGCGUGCUUGAUAGAUAUGUUGAAAAAGUUUAUGAAAUAAUGCAAAAAGAUUAAAUUAUCAUCUUGGCUUAGUAAAUAUGCUUGUAUGAAUAAUUUUUGCUUUUUUAGUUGGAUAAUCGCACUAUUUUAAACCACAAAAAAUAUCCUAAUAAAUUUACUGCUCCUCUUAUAUAAUUUUUUGACUGCUUAAGCAAUUUUAGUUGUGUUUUAGUAUAUUUUUCUUCCUUGUACGAGCCAGGAUAAUCUCCCUUUAAAAGUAGGGUGACAAUAAUCGAAUAAAUCAUAAGUUUAGCAUUUUAACUUAAGUUAUACAAUAAUUUUUCUAGCUCAUAUUCGUUAUAUCUUAGUAUCUAAACAACAAAAUUUCUAUUUCCUGGAAUGAUUGAUUACAUAAAUAUUAUCUCUCAAAGAAAAUUAAAAAAAUUGGAUGUUUGCUUUUCUAAUUAAGUAAACUUAGCACUUCAAUAAAAUAAUUCUCCUUUACCUGCAGUUCCUUAUAUUGGUAUUAGUCUUUCAUAGAUUGCAAGAAUGAAUGAAUUUCAUAGAGAUUAUAAUGGGACAUUUAACUUUAAAAGAUUAGAAGAAUAAACAACGAUUUUAAAAAAUUUAGAUUAAUUCAAACAUUUUAAAUAUGAUUUUGAAUUCUAACCAUAAAUUUAUUAAUAUUUAUAAUGCAUUCCUAAAAUUGAUGCAACUAAAGUUAUCUCUUCUUUAAAGUGAGUGGAUUUAUUUAUUUAAUAAUUAAAUAUUAGAAAUUUUAAGAAUCU